AUGUAAAUAUAGAAAGUAAGUUGUUUUGGGGCAGGUUAUGUAGGAGGACCAACAAUGGCUGUAAUGGCCUCAAAAUGUCCAAAAUAGACUUUUGUUGUUUAUGAUAUUAAUGAAUAGUAAAUAAACAAAUGGAAUACCAAACAAUAUCCAAUUUAUGAGGAAAACUUGAAUGAAUAUAUAAAUAAAACCAUAGACAAAAAUUUAAUAUUCACAAAUGAUAUUGAUCUAGCUUUAAAGGAUUGUGAUAUCGUAUUUUUAGCUGUUAAUACUCCAAGUAAAAGUUAUGGAUUAGGAGCUGAAUCUUAAUUAGAUAUAUCAUAUAUUGAUAGUUGUCUUCAAACCAUAAAGAAAUAUCCAUUAACAAGAAAACUAAUAUUGGUAGAAAAAUCAACUGUUCCUAUUAAAACAUGCGAUUAUAUUAAUGCAGUUUUAAAGAAUUUGAAUAUUUGUGUUUUGUCAAAUCCUGAAUUUUUGGCUGAAGGGACUGCAAUCCAAGAUCUUCUAUAUCCAGAUAGAGUUAUUAUUGGUGGACCAUUAGAAUCCAGUUAGUAGCUUGCAUCAUUGUAUGAAUAGUGGGUACCUAAGGACAAAAUAAUUUUUACAAAUAUAUAUUCAGCCGAAUUAAGUAAAAUUGUAGCAAAUUCAUUCCUUGCUUAAAGAGUGUCUUCAAUUAAUAGUAUAUCAAUUAUCUGUGAUAAAAUUGGUGCAGAUGUCAAUGAAAGUAAUGUUAUCAGACUCUAUAUAUUUAUUAGUUUCAUAAUGUAUUGGGAGUGAUAGUAGAAUUGGUAAUAAGUUUUUGAAAACAUCUGUCGGAUUUGGUGGAUCAUGUUUCAAGAAAGAUUUGCUUUGUUUAAUAUAUAUGUGUGAGUCCCUUUAAUUAGAUGAGGUAGCAUAAUACUGGAGAUAAGUUUACAUAUUAAAUGAAUAUCAAAAACAAAGAUUUAUCAACUUAAUUAUUACAUCCAUGUUUAACUGUUUGAGAAAUAAAGUAAUUGUUAUUUUGGGGGUAACAUUUAAAGCUAAGACUAAUGAUACAAGAGAGAGUGCUGCUUUAAUGAUUAUUAAAAAAUUACAAGAAGAAUAGGCAAUAUUAAGAAUUUAUGAUCCUCAAGGAAAAAUAGAUAAUGUGGAGUAAUGUUAAAGUUUGGAUGGUAUUUUUUAAGGAGCAUCUGCUAUAGUGAUAAUAACAGAAUGGGAAGAGUAUAGUUAUGUUAAUAUAUAAUAGAUUUUCUAAAAUAGAUUAUGUUUAAGCUUUUAAUUAGAUGGCUAAACCUUCAUAUUGUUUUGAUGGUAGAAAUUUAUUAUCAGGUGAUUUAAUGAAAUCAAUUGGAUAUCUAUAUUAUGGAUUAGGAAGAGUAUGAAAUUUGAGUAAAAAUAGAAAUAUGAAAAAAAAUUGAUUUAAUUUAUAAUAAUUAUAAAUAAUGUCUGAAGAGUAAUAGUAAUAUUGGCCAAUUUUUACAGAGUAAGAUGAUACCAAAACAUUCUGGAACAAGAAAUCUAUUAAUUUUACUUAAUAUACAAUAAUUUAUCAACAGUUAAUGAACAGAAUUAGUUGGAAAAGUAAUAAGCCUACUGAAUAUGAAUUUUUAUUAAGUGAAGAAGGUGUGCUGUUUUAUAAGCAAAAUAAUAAGAUUAAGGGAUAUGUUGAAUUAAACGAAGACAUCAGUCUGAAAUUGAUUGAUCUAAAAAUUUCAAGCAAGAAAACAGAUGCUGUAAAAGUAAUCAGAAUUAAGAGAACUAAAGAUAUCUUCAUCUAUAUUUGGAAUAAAGAUUUGUACUUUAUAGGUGCAUUCUUAAUUUUAGUUAAUAUACUUUUCAGUUUCUAAAACAUUUAUGUUAAUUCUGUUUUGUUCAAAAUUUAGAUUAGUUAUACACAUUACAAGAUGUCAUUGGAAAGGGUGGAUUCUCCAAAGUCUAUACUCUAACUCCAAAUAUCAGACUACCUAACCAGUCCUUUAAUUAUGCAGGUAAAGUCUAUAAUAAAAACGAAUUAUUAUCUAAAAAAGACUUAAAGAAAUUUUAUUAAUUCAUUCGAAAUGAGUGUUAUGUUUUAAAAAGAAUUAAUUUUCCUUAUGUUCUAAAAUUAUGUGAGAUAAUUCAAUUGGAUGAACUCUUAAGUAUUAAUGUAAUUGUUAUAUCAUUUUAGUCUUAGUGACUGAAUAUAUUAAAGGAGGGUCUCUAUAUUAAUAUUUGAAAGAAAGAAAGCGACUAACAGAACUUGAAUCUACUCAGAUCUUACAGAAGUUGGCAUUAGGAUUAUAAUAAGUACAUAAGUAAUAUAACUUAUCUAUUUAUUAAGUUUAGGAUAUGUUCAUAGAGAUAUUAAAUUAGAGAAUGUACUUAUAGAUAAGGAUUAGUUGAAAUUAAUUGAUUUUGGAUUUGCAGAAAAAAUAUGUAGAGAUAGAUUAGUUAAUGGUUAAGGAACAGCUGGUUAUAUUGCACCAGAAGUAUUCAUUAAAUAACCAUACCAAGAAGUAGGGGAUAUAUUUAGUUUAGGAGUUAUAUUCUAUUCAAUGUUAUCAGGUAAGGCUCCAUUUAGAUCAAAUACUUAUGAUGCUUUACUUAAAUUAAACAAGGAAUGUUAAAUAGAUUUUUCAGAAUUGAGAUUUCCUAAUGUUAGUCAAAAGACUAUGCAUCUUUUAAAAGCGAUGUUAUAGAAAUAACCAGAAAAUAGAAUUAAUGUUUAGGAUUUAUUAAAUUAAUUAACUGUUCAUUAGAUCUUUUCCCCUUUUCAUGUAGUUGCUUCAACAUAAUCUAUAGUAGAGGGUUCAGUUGGUUUAAGUUUUAAUCAUUUGUAAUCAAAAAAUACUCUAAAAUCUUUUUAUUAACAUAGUCAAAAUUCAUUUAUUGAAAAUAAUAGUUAAAUAUCUUAAUAAUAAAAACCAUAAAAAAAUUUAAAGGAUAGACGAUAUAAGAGUUAGAGUAUGGAUAAAAAAGGUAUGUUUUUGAAAUCAUCAUCUUUUAAACCUUCACUUAAAAGUAUUUAUUAAAUAAAAAUUGAAUAAUCUGAUGAUAAUAUUUCCAUCACAGAUUUUGAAUCACCAAUACCAUAAGAAUAUAUUCAAUUUCUUUAAACUUCUUAUUAAAAACUAAAUUGUUAAAAGUUUAUUUGA